AUUUUCCAUUCACAUCACUCUUCAUUUCAAUCUCUCUCCACUUCACAUUUCACUUUCAUAUUUUGGAUUGAGUUCAUUCUCGUAGUGACUUUGAAAAAAAUGAGGCAAGCAAGAACAUAUUCGAGGAUUGUAUCUGGUUCUGGAGGAGGAGGAGGUGGAGGAGGGAUGUCGGGGAGAAGUGGGCCUCACUCUUUGCCGUUGGCGAGGAUAAAGAAGAUCAUGAAGAAAUCGAGCGACGAUGUGAAGAUGAUAUCUGGGGAGGCACCCAUUGUGUUCUCAAAGGCUUGUGAGCUCUUCAUAGAAGAAGUUACAAGGAGGUCUUGGAUGAUGACUGUGCAAGGGAAGAGGAGGACUCUUCACAAAGAAGAUGUUGCCUCUGCUGUUGUAGCCACUGAUAACUUUGACUUUCUUGUCAACUUGGUUUCUGAUUCUGCCAAAUCUAAGGGUAAUCCUGAAAUAAUGGAGACAUAGGAGAGCCUCUCUCUAGAAGCUUGUAAAUGCACUUCAAAAAUUAAAUUUGAAUUUUAUUUUUUUCUUUAGACAUUCUAAUUAAUUCUAACCUUACCUACCCAGAGAAAAAGAUAAUUGAAGGGAGAGUAGGGUUGGGGUGUGGGAGUCAUAGGUGGAGAGGGGCUGCUGGUGGUGGCCAAAUGUGAGGUGGCGGGGAGAACUGGGGGGUGGCUGCUGAAGGUGGUGGCGUAGCAGUUGAAAGGGAAGAAGGUGGUGAUUAAAAGUGGAGUUGAGAAAUUUCUCUGAAAUUUCAACGGCCCGAUAUAAAGUGUCCUUUAUAAUAUUUUAAAUGGGCUGUGGUGAGACACAUAGACCAUUCCACUUGUAUUCUCUCUUCA